AACCUUCAAUCGAAUGGAUCCACGAGGCCAAAUAAAAAAAUAUCUACCCACAUCCAAACAAUAAAUAAAAGCCUAAGAUGAACACAAUCAAGCCCCAAUCCAAUCCAAUGGAGCUCUCCCUUCUCCAAUCCAUCUUCUUCCUCCUCCUCCUUCUCGCCCUCUUCCUCCUCGCCCUCUUCCUCCUCCGCCAAAACCCCUCCAAAACCCCCUCCACCAUCCAUGGCCUCAAACCCCACCCCCUCCUCGGCCACCUCCCCCACUUCCUCAGCAACCGCCACCGCAUCCUGGACUGGUUCACCGAGACCCUCCUCCGCAGCCCCACCCACACCAUCUCCCUCCGCAUCCUCGGCGGCUCCGCCGCCGCCGUGGUCACCGCCGACCCCCGCAACGUCGAGCACAUGCUGCGCGCCCGCUUCGACAACUACCCGAAGGGCGCGCACUCCGCCUCCAUGCUGCACGACCUCCUCGGCGGCGGCAUCUUCAACUCCGACGGCGACCCCUGGCGGCGCCAGCGCAAGGCCGCCAGCUUCGAGUUCAGCAGGCGCUCGCUCCGCGCGUUCGUCGUCGACGCCGUGCAGUCCGAGCUGGCGGAGCGCCUGCUGCCGCUGCUGGAGAAGGCCGAAGAGGACGGCGACGUCGUCGACCUUCAGAAAGUGCUCGAAAGGUUCUCGUUUGAUAAUAUAUGCAAGGUCGCGUUCGGCGAAGACCCCGGCUGUCUGUCCGCCGAAGGCUUCGCCGGCAGAAAUUUUGAAUUCAUGCAGGCUUUCGAGGAGGCGCAGAACAUCGUGAUCGGCCGCUUCAUGUCGCCGUUGCGAGUCGCAUGGAGGGUCAAGAAGCUGUUCGACGUCGGGUCGGAGAGAAGGCUGCGAAAAUUGAUGGCGACGGUGCACGGCUACACAGCGGAGAUCGCCGUCCGGGCGAGGCGGGAGGGGACCGGCGCUUCUUCAGAGCAGAAGCGCGACCUCCUCUCGCGGUUCGCCUCCGACGAAACACACUCGGAGGAGUUCCUCCGCGACGUCGUGACCAACUUCCUCCUCGCCGGCCGCGAGACCACAUCGUCGGCGCUCACGUGGUUCUUCUGGCUCGUGUCGGCGCGGCCCGACGUGCAGCGGAAGAUAGUCGACGAGCUGCGAUCGGUCCGAGCUGCUGCCGUCGACCGAAUGCUCGGUUUUGACGAGCUGCGGGAGAUGCACUACCUGCACGCGGCGAUAACGGAGUCGAUGAGGCUGUACCCUCCGGUGCCGAUGGACACGCAGUCGUGCAGGGAGGACGACGUCAUGCCCGACGGAACGUUCGUGGGGAAAGGAUGGCAGGUGAGUUACAGUGCUUACGCAAUGGGAAGACUGCCGGAUAUCUGGGGGCCGGAUUGCGAGGAGUACCGGCCGGAGCGGUGGCUCGAGGACGGGGUUUUCCGGCCGGAGAGCCCGUUCAAGUAUCCGGUGUUUCACGCCGGGCCGCGAAUGUGCUUGGGGAAGGAGAUGGCCUACAUACAGAUGAAGUCGAUCGUCGCUUCGGUGCUCGAAAGGUACCAAUUCCAAGUCGUGGGGAAGGACGGCUCGCCGGAGAGCAUUCUUUCUUUCACUCUCAGAAUGAAGGGGGGCUUGCCGGUUCGAUUUCAAAAGAGGGACGAGUAAAAGUACGUGAGAUUAUUUCAUCCAUGUUCAUCACGUAAACGAUACGAAUCUAAAAGCAGAAUGCGCUCAGUGCUUAGGAGGAGAAUGUGAGCAAUUAAUGCAAUUUUGCUUUGGAUGAAAUGUUUUGAGUUGUUUUUAUGUAAAAUUAAAUUUUAUGUUUGGCUAAAUAUUUGUAUGAUUUUACCAAGAACCUACAAUUGGACUACUAGCAGAAACCAGUAUAUACCAAGAGUUAAAAUA